AUGUAUAUUUUAUUCUACACAUUUUAUUCCAAAUUAGUGAAUUCUACUUUGAUAAAUGUUGAAGAGCAAAGCGCCACUAGGAACGGCGAUCUACAAGUAAAUGACCCUGCAAUAAAUGAGGGUUCUCAAGGCGUUAAUGAGGGCUGCGAACUGCAAGAUGCAGCAUUACUAGUUACACAGCCAGGGUUUGUAACACAGAAUACCUCUACAAAAUCUUCAAGACUUAGUCUUAGUCGGAAACGAAAGCAGUCCCGUUCUAUUACCCGUGAUAAAAGGGCAUGCCCUGACAAUGCACUAGUCUCUGAUGUGCAACCUCGGGAUACCACCACAGAUUUCAUUAAAACAGUUGAUUUCUAUACAGAAAACCUGUUAGGAGCUGGAGAUGUCACAAAUUCAUGGUCUGCAGCGUUGGCAAGUGUCUCAGAAGCUAACGGUGAUGCGAUAGUGCCGGUAGCUACUACCGUACUGACAUCUUCUUUGGACUCGCAGACAUCUGCGGCGGUUAAUCUGCCACGUGUGGUUGGAGCCCGUGUCGAGGAUGAAUCUUCUAUGAUUUUUGAAACAUCUCUACCUGCAAAUCAGGAACAUUUCAAUAAUGAGUUAUUGCUGGAAUUGAUAGCGCAAGUGAGAAGACUGACUGAAGACGUCGCAUCCAUAAAUUCAAGGUGUACAGCUCAAGAGGCAUUGCUGAGAAGCCUGGCAGAAGGCAUCGCUGCCAUAAUUUCAUGGUCUAAAGAUCAACAGGUGUUAACCAGACUUAUAUUUGAAGCUCACCAGAAGACUUCUGAAGAACAAAACUUGGUGAACAGAAUGCUGCUUGAUCGAUUGGUGAACAUUGAAAAAGUCCAGAGAAAGGAAUUCGAUCUACAGGGAGGUACGGUAAUUCUACUUCAACAAGUUAAAGAUGCUGUUUCACACAAUAAUGGUUUAUAGUUGAAAUAAGUGUUGUUUUUGCUGGGUUUUUCCUACCAUUUUGCGGUGCUGUUUUUAAAUGUGUUUUUUAAAUAUGUUUUGGUUAUUUUUGUGAUGCUGGUUUUUUUUUUUUUUUACUAUUUUGCAAUGCUGUUUUUAAAUGUGUGUUUUUAAAUAUGUUUUGGUUAUUUUGGUGAUGCUGGUUUAUAGUUGAAAUACGUGUUGUUGAUGGGUUUUUAUACUAUUUUGUGAUACUGGUUUAUUUUUUUUGGAUUGCUAGUUUUAUUAUGGUUAAGAGAAAUUUAAGUGUUUUAUCUUUUUGUUUGGCUAUAUCGGCAUUGGCUAACGUUAAUUUGUAAUGCUAUUUUGGGCAUAAUCAGAGAAUAUAUCUGUGUAAUCCUGGAGAAGUUCUAAAUAUUAUUGAAAAUGGCUGGUAAAAGAGUGCGUUCAGAUGAUGAUUUACAUAGUUGUCCAGAAAUACCUAAUGUAAGGGCUAGGCAUGAGGCUGAGACUGAAAUGUUUGCUGCUGCACAAGACCAAUUACUUGAAAGGGUAAACGAAAUGAUUCGGACAUAUCCACAUCAGAGUUUAGAACCUGUGCCUGCGAGGGUAGACCAAACAUACGAACAAAUAAGUGAAAGGCAAAAUGAAAUGAUUCGGACAUAUGAACAAAGAUUUGAAACAAAUUUGUCACAAACAGGUUAUGGUGUAGUAAAUCCUACCGAUAAUUCUAAUACGGCAGACACCCUUACGGGUCUAAGUCAGAGUGACGUGGACACGCUAGUGCGUGAUGGAGGGACAGUAAGUGAUUACACAAUAGUCCCGAGACCCUAUUUUAACGGUCUAGAAAUCCACAGAAAUCUAAAUUUGCGCGAGAUCAUAACCACAGAUUUGGCAGCGUACACUAUAUUUGUCCAAAAUAUUCUGUCGGAAAUGGUUUCAUUCUCUAGAGAUAUAGGAGGUGAGGGAUCCUACAUUAAUAUCAGUCUUAAAGGCCCAAGUCUCAAAUCUGACGUUAACACUAUACUGUGUCCCGGUAACGACUAUGAUGAAAAUCGUUUUAUCGAACAGUUUGAAUCGGUUGCACAAAGUAAUGAACAGAUGUUGGCGGAUGACAGUUUGCAACUGCAUGUAUCAAUAGCAAGAAGUAUGAAUGGAGGGGUUCGUAGGAAGAUUACAGAUAUAGCCCAUGAUGAAGUGAUUAAGAAAAAAAGGAUGUGUUUGUUCUCACCUACCAACUUUACAAACAAUCUGUGUUUUGCAAUAUGUUUAGCAUACUUUCUUGAACCCCAUGCAGAGUAUGAGGAGUUAGAACGUAUGGCUGUGGAUAUACAGACUGCUGCAGGUCUAACCCCUCAAGACUGUGUGGGCUUUAAUCACAUUACAAAGUUUGAGAGUGUGAUGAAAGUGAAGAUUGUGGUGUUUUACAGGUCAAGUGAGGGUGUGUUAGAGCAUCAUAAGACACAUGA